UUUAUUUUUUUUUAUUUAAAAAUUCACUAAAAUUUUAAAAAAAUUUCUGUAACAAUAAAAAUUAAGACAUUUAAAAUUGUAAACUUUUUUAAAAAAAUUUUUACACAAUAUAUAUAUAUAUUAAACAUUGGAGUAUGGAGCAAGUGCCAUGAUUAUUCUUAAAUAGAGAAGAUUUUAAAGAAAUUUAAUAAAAAAGUGUUUAUAAAAUUGAAUUAUUCCAGUAUUUUUUUAUUUAAAAAGAAAAAUUACUCGCUAAUUAUUUGCGAAGAUGACUUCUUCUAGUUGGGCGAGUAGUAUCAGUAACCCAAUUCCGAAAUGGCAACUUGCUUUAGUUGUUGGUGCACCGGUUGCACUUGGACUUGGUUAUGUGUAUUACAAGAAUAAUUCAAAAUCAUCAUUAAAAUCACCGAGAGAUAAAUCAAAAGAUGGUCUUAAUGAACAUUUAACAAAAUCAGAUAAGCAAAUAUCCAUUGAUGGUGAUGUCACUUCUAAUUUAGCGGAACAUCCAAGUGAGGAUCCUAUGGAAAAGGCUCAAAGGUUUAAACAAAUGGGAAACAAGUACUUCAGUGAUGGAAAAUAUGACGAAGCGAUUUUACAUUAUACCAAAGCAAUUGAAAUCUGCUUAGAGGAAAAUCCAUCAGUGCUUUCAAUUUUUUAUCAAAACAGAGCAGCAGCAUAUGAUAAAUUGAAUAAAUAUAGUGCAGUAAAGGCGGAUUGUAGUAAAGCUUUAGAGCUAAAUCCCAGAUAUGUAAAAGCCUUAAUACGUAGAGCACGUGCUCUUGAAAAAUGUAAAGACUUGGAAACAGCAUUAGAAGACAUCACUGCUGCUUGUAUACUCGAGCAGUUUACAAAUGAAUCUUCAUUAAUAUUGGCUGAUAAAUUAUUAAAAGAACUUGGUAGACAACAUGCUCAAGAAUUUAUGGCCACAAAAGAAUCGGUCAUGCCUAGUAAACAUUUUAUUAAAACAUAUUUUGAAGCUUUACGUGAUGAUCCAAUUCUAAAAGAAUAUGAUCUCAUAUCUCAGAAUCUUACAUCUGAGUACGCAAAGGCUGUUCAAUGUGUUAAAAAUCAAAAUUAUGAAAAUGUUAUUCCACAUUGCAAUAAGGAAUUAGAAAGUUCACAAGCAGAUGAUGAUCUUCAAAUGAAAGUUCAUCUUCUUCGUGGUACAUUUCAUCUAUUACUUGGAGAACACGAUAAAGCAAUUUCCGAUCUUGAUAAGGUUAUAACGAGUGAUUGUGCGAAUAAUGAUUUAAAAGUAAAUGCAUUAAUUAAAAGAGCUAGUAUGCAUGUUCAACUUGAGAAUCCAGAAAAAAGUUUUUGCGACUUUACCAUGGCAGUUGAACUUAAUCCCAAUUGUGGUGACAUAUAUCAUAAUCGAGCACAAGUUAAUCUUCUAUUGGAGAGAAUAGAUGAGGCUAAAGCUGAUUUUGAAAAAGCUUCACAACUCCAUCCAAACUCUGGUCUUAUUUAUGUACAAAAAUGUUAUGCAGAUUAUCGUUACGCAGCUACAAAAAAAGAUCAAUAUUUAUUGGCAUCAGCAAUGUCAGAUUUUCAAAAGGCAUUUGAAAAAUUCCCGGAUUGCUCAGAAUGUUACACAUUAUAUGCACAGAUUUUAUGCGAUUCCCAAGAAUAUGAAAAAGCAGAUGAAUACUUUACUAAAGCUAUGGAAAAAGAUCCACAAAAUGCAACAAUUUAUGUUCACAAAGGUUUAUUACAACUUCAUUGGAAUACAAAUAUAGAUAAAGCUGUGGAAUAUAUAAAAAAGGCCUUAGAAUUAGAUGAUAAGUGUGAAUUUGGAUAUGAAACUUUAGGAAGUAUUGAAGUACAAAGGGGUAAUCUUAAAGAAGCUAUUAAUCUUUUUGAUAAGGCUCUCAUGUUAGGACGAACAACAAUGGAAGUGACACAUAUUUUUAGUCUAAAAGAUGCUGCAAAAACUCAAUUAACUGUUUUUGAAAGACCAGGAAUGAAUCUUGUUUCAAACAUCCAUUGAAUGUCUCCAAAAGAAGAAAUUUUUUAUUUAUAUUGUUGAUAUUUGUUGUUUUAAACAUUAAAUACAAAAAAAAAAAACUUCAUAUAAUGCACUCAAUAGAUGAAAAUAUAAUUUUUAUGCAUUUAUUUAGACUGACAUGCAAGUUUCGCAUCGGAAGAUUCACAAUAAUAAUUGUACUUGUAAAUUGUAAUUAUAAUUUUUCAAUAGACUAUAAUCAAAUCUAA